AUGUCAUUGGAUAAACCGAAGACAAUACAGGACAAUCGUAUAGAAAUUAAUGAUAGGUUCGACCACCAACAGAGUAUAUUAAAUAAGUUAGACUCAAAACUUGACAAGAAUAUUGAGGAAUUACGUGCAGAUCUAAGUUUCGCCAGUGUACAAUGUCAAUCCGACCAACAGAAACUUCGWACUGAGUGUAAGCAAUAUACUGAUCRUCAUAUAGCGAAUUAUAAACGUGAAACAAAGGGAAAACUGUCAAGCAUAACGGAACGAGUAUGUCUAGUCGAGGGACAGGCAGCACGUCUUGCUGCGGUGGAAAAUGCAAUCCAAACAAUCCAAACACACGGGACUACGUCAAGUGUUCCACGCAUGUCAACAUUCGGUCCAGCGCUCAUAAACGAUAAUGUGAAUACAUUUUCACGACCUGAACGUAGCAAUGUAUUUUCGUCGACGGUAGUUCACAAUACCUCAGUACCUAUAACAACCACUAGCACAAUGAACAAUAACAGUAACAGCUCUUAUCGUUUUGGUAUACCAGGUACGAUGACGUCUCAAGAGUUUUCCAGGAUACCUCAGCCCUAUAAUUUUAACCAAAGUUUCRCGAGUCAUACAGAAAAAAUAAAGGAUGUCGUCCCGGAAUUUAACGGUAAUAUUGAUCCGAUACACCCCGAAGAAUUUCUUGAAAAACYGAACAAUUAUUUUCAAAACMAAAUGUUUACCGACCUAACAAAAAUUAACGCCGCAUGCAGUAGACUCAGUGRUAGAGCCAAAAAGUGGUCGUACACCCUAGGCUCCAUAGUCCUGUUUAACCAUUUUGUUGAACGUUUUCGACGACAUUUUUGGUGUCCGAUGAAACAAGAAAAAGUACGUAAUGAAUUCUACCGCCCACAUUAUCACCAAGAUACAUCGAAUCUACAAGAAUAUACCAUUGAUUGGAUCAACAAAGUUCGGUAUUUACACCCUCCUAUUCCAGAAACGGAGAAGAUUGAAAGACUACUAUCGCAUUAUCCUCGAUCAAUUUCCAACACAAUUCGUAAUCUUCGACUACAAACAGUGGAUGAGUUAAUUAAUGAAAUCAGUUAUUAUGAGUAUACUCUCAAGCCGACGAAUAGCAAUCAAAAUAAUCAACACACUAUCAAUAGUGCGACAAAUCGUGAUGRUAAUGAGGUCAAUAGUGCUAACAAUUCAUCUCAAGAUAACGGUAACAUAAAUGAAAAUUCUCGAUAUCAYGGUCGUAAUUUUAAUUCUAACUAUCAAUCCAACAGCCGUAAUAAUAACAAUAGAAACUACAAUUAUCGUUCUAAUUACCAAAAUUCAAAYCGCCACGAAAAUAGUAACGGUACUGCCCCACCAACGACAAAUGUGAGCCGUGGAAUAACCGAUAACCAGGGAAACGGACCCGACCAGGGAAACGCGAGCGGACGGGCUUCGUAA